AUGGCAGAGCCAGAGCUGAAAUCACAGAGUAGCCUGGAGAGCUUGAAGAAGGCAGCCGAGGGCCAGGAGAAGAUGGAGGCUGAGGCGGUUCCGGACAACCCAGACAAGCCUCCUUCGCCGGACAAGUCUCCAUCCAAGCCUCCGUCCCAAUCCACCAUUAACGACACCGGCACCGUGGCAGCCACCACCCCUACUGCCGAUGCCUCCUCCCCAGCCAAGGCAGCGGGCGGCAAGAUCGAGCUGAAGCGCAGCAUCACGCUCUUCAACGGCGUGGGCAUGAUCAUCGGCACCAUCAUCGGCUCGGGCAUCUUCAUCACGCCCACAGGGGUGGUAAAGGAGGCUGGCUCGGCCGGUCUGUCGCUGGUGGUGUGGGCCGUGUGCGGUGUGGUGUCCACCAUGGGCGCCCUGUGCUACGCCGAGCUGGGCACCACCAUCACCAAGUCGGGUGGAGACUACACCUACAUCCUGGAGGUGUACGGCGAGCUGGCUGCCUUCCUCAAGCUGUGGGUGGAGAUGCUGAUCAUCAGGCCAUCCUCCCAGUACGUGGUGUCGCUGGUGUUCGCCACCUACCUGCUCAAGCCCCUCUACCCAAACUGCAGUGUGCCCGACAGUGCCGCCAAGCUCAUCGCUUGCCUCUGCCUCACAUCAUUGACCUUUGUGAACUGCAUCAGCGUGCGGGCUGCCACCAAGGUCCAGGACUUGUUCACUGCGUCAAAGCUCCUGGCCCUGAUCAUAAUCAUCAUUUUCGGUUUCAUUCAGAUCAGUACAGGUGAUGUGCCAUACCUGACACCAGAACUGGCGUUUGAAGGCAGCAAAUGGGGAGUCGACAACAUUGUGUUGGCUCUAUACAGUGGACUCUUUGCUUUUGGUGGCUGGAAUUACCUGAAUUACGUGACAGAGGAAAUGAUCAAUCCAGAGAGAAACCUGCCACUGUCCAUCAUUAUCUCCAUGCCCAUUGUGACUGUGGUGUACGUACUGACCAAUCUGGCCUACUUCACCACUAUCCCCCCGAGUGUGAUGGUCGAGUCCGAGGCAGUAGCUGUGAUCUUUGGGGAGUAUCAUCUUGGUGUGAUGUCCUGGCUCAUCCCUGUCUUUGUGGGGCUGUCCUGCUUCGGAGCGGUCAACGGAAGCCUGUUCACCUCGGCACGGCUGUUUUAUGCUGGCGCUCGAGAGGGUCAGCUCCCUGCUGCACUGGGAUUGGUCCACACUGACCUCUUCACUCCAGUGCCCUCCCUCAUUUUCACGUGUUUCCUGUCCAUGCUGUAUGCCUUGUCCAAGGACAUCUUCUCGGUCAUCAACCUGUUCAGCUUCUUCACCUGGCUGUGUGUGGGCAUGGCAAUCGCCGGCUUGCUGUGGCUCCGCUGGACCAAGCCAGAGCUCAGGAGACCCAUCAAGAUUUGGUUGGUGGUCCCUGUGGUGUUUGUGCUGGGCUGUGUCUUUAUGAUCGUGGUGUCAUUCUGGGCAGCUCCCUUUGAGUGCCUGAUAGGCAGCGGGAUUAUCCUCACCGGUAUCCCCGCCUAUCUCCUGGGGUACAAGUGGAAGAAGCCCCACUGGAUAAUGGAGGGUCUUUUCUCUUUUGAAGGAGCGAUUACUGUAAGCGCAGAUCUAAGACCAGCUGUCCCAACCCCAGUCCAAACCUUGUCUCACCCCAAGCCAGACCAGUUCAAGCCAAAAGACAAACAAAAAAAAUACCUAAAUUAA